GUUGUGACCGAGUCACAUUCAAAAACAUCUCGAACUCAAAACUCAAAAACGUACUAACGGUUCACGGAAUCGACUCAGCCAGCUAACUCUCGAAAGAUCCUACAUUUUUCUUGAAAAGGGAUGAGUGAGAGCGAAACGAAGAGUGGUGGAUCCGAUGCGACGCGAAUAUCGGACGUUGAGAAAUGGCUAGCUGCUCGAUUCGGCGAUGCCGGCAAAGAAGUCCCCGAUUUCGAGUACACUCCCAGAAGUGUCUCUUAUUUACACAAUCUCAUCACCAUCUCCGAAGCCAAAGAAAAAUCCGCCGAUAUUGUCGCCAAAGAUUUUCGCCGAAAAGCCGCCGAAUAUCGCUCUCAAGCUGCUAGGAUCAGGGAGAUAUUGGAGAGUGUGGGGUUGGCGCAGGAGAGUUUGCCAUCGAAUGUGGUUGGAUCUGCCCAAGUACUUGCAAAUGUGUCUAAUUUGUUGAAUAUAAGAGACACUGAACUAAGUAGCUUUCUUGUAGCAAUGGGGGAUAUUUCUUUGAGGAAGACUGGUGUGGAGGAAAAGAGGGCUAAAGUACAAAAGGAGUCCAAAAUUCUUCUAGAUUUUACUCGAAAGGCAAUAUCUAGGCUAACUUAUUUGAAAAGAACACUGGCACAGCUAGAAGAUGAUGUAGCUCCGUGUGAGGCUCAAAUGGAAAAUUGGAAGACAAACUUGCAAGUUAUGGCUGCGAAGGAGCGGCAAUACUUGCAACAGUGUGCCAACUACAAGUCUGUACUCAAUCGUGUGGGCUAUGCCCCAGAAAUUAGCCAUGGGAUGCUGGUUGAAAUGGAUGAGCACAGGAAGGAGUUGGAGAAGAAAACGAAGCCCAUACUUGAAACCUUGAGGAGCUACCAGGACUUGCCGCCGGAUAAAGCUUUGGCUGCUUUGGCAAUUGAGGACAAGAAAAGGCAGUAUGCUGCUGCUGAGAAGUAUCUUGAAGAUGUACUGCAUUCAGCUCUUUCCACUUCAGAGUAAACUCACUAAGGGAUAGCUUUUGUUAUUAUUUAAUUGUGGCUUAUGUCUGGACAAUGGAUGAGUAUGUAUAUAUUGUUGAUCUGAUGAUUUCUAGUGAAGGAUGUUGCCUUGUUGAAUUUACCCAAUUGUCUUUGGCUUCUAACAAUGAAAUUUUCAUUAUUAUAGAUUUAGUGGAAGAGCAAAACUGAUGGAGACUACAUUGUAUCUAUUAUAAGUUAUAACAAAUUGUUGAUAUGUUCCUGAA